CUUUGGUUGUUUGCGUGGAAAGAAAUGCACAAGUUGAUUCUGAAGCGAAAUUCAGGAGAGUGUUCUGUAAUGGCGUCAGCUGAAGAUUCGUCGGUGCCAAAGAAGACAUUAAGUGACUUAAAAGUAGUUGAAUUGAGAAACGAGCUUGAGAAGCGUGGACUCGAGAAAACUGGAUGCAAAGCUACGCUUGUAGAGCGGUUGUCCAAGGUUCUUGAAGAAGAUGGAGAAGAUCCGGAGACAUAUGAGUUUGAGCUGACCGCUGAUUCGACUCCAAGCAAGGCUAACAGUAACGUGGUGGAAGAAAACAGUGGCGGACAAGGGUCUGUAGAAGAAAUGGAGGAGGCAGAGGAGGAAGAGGAGAAGGACGAGUCUAUUGACCCUGAUGCUCUUCAGCUGUCGAUAGAAGAUGAAGAGAAGCUGCUGAAUGAAGAGGAGGAGACCUACGAGAAAGCAAGAGAUGACACACAAGUUGAAGACACAACAGCGAAAGAUGUGUCAGAGACAUCCGUCCCGGGUGAAGAGAAGUCCUCAGCUGUAGAAGAGGGCACAGGAGAUAACGUCGACACUUCCGUGAAGAAGGAAGGGGACGUUAGAGAAGAUUCCCCGGCAAAGAAAGCCAAGAGGUUUGUGCCUUCUUCAAACGUCAUAGCGAGCUGCCGCAGCCAUGUAAGGAAUGGCGCUGCUGCUACACCUGGCAAGGACGCAGCCAAGCCAGCUGGGAAGCUUGCAAAAGAUGGGUCGAAGAGAGUUGUGGCAUCCCCGUCGAGUGGACGUAAUGUGUGGGUGAGCGGCUUGUCUUCGUCUACACGUGCGGCAGACCUCAAGGCACUCUUCAGCAAACACGGCAAGGUGGUGGCGGCAAAAAUAGUGACCAAUGCUCGCACCCCUGGUGCCAGGUGCUAUGGCUUCAUCACCAUGGGCACCCUCGAUCAGGCCACCAAGUGCAUUCAGCACCUUCACCGCACUGAACUUCAUGGGAAGAUGAUUUCUGUCGAAAGGACAAAACAGGAACCUGGGGCUGCACUUAAGAGGUCCGAAGCAAAGACAAAUCUUGCAUUGAAAGCCAAGGCAGCAGCUGAGGCCACUGCAACACCUGCAGCCAGCACAGAAACCAAGUCUGAAGGAGCCACUGCAAAACCUGUAUCUGUCAAGAAGAAGACUACACUGGCAUCUGCUGCUGCUGUCCCCAAGAAGAAAGCAGCAGUAAAGGCUACUGGGAAACAGAAGACUUCAGAAGCUGUGAAGAAAGUUGUCAAGAAGGAUGUCAUUUCAGAAGAUGACCUGGUCGUUAUUGACGAGAAGACUGACAAAGAUGAUGCAGCAAAGGACAAGCCACGAGAAAAGAGAGCUCCAAGAGACCGCUCUAGAGAACGCUCCCGCGACAGGCGACCUCACAUUCGCUCGAGGGAGCGACCUCCUUUUGUGCGCCGCCGAUUUUCACGGCCCUUCCACGACAGGGGCAUGGUACGGGGGUCGCGCUUCUUCCGCAGGGCCCCCUUCCUUCGCCGUGCUGCAACGACACCCUUCUUUCGUGGUCGCGGAGGCUUCCGCUCAUCUUUUGGCAUGCAGCCACGGCCUUCCCUCACAGAUACACUGACCUUUCGCAAGAUUAAGGAGGAACACAUGCGAACACGUGAGCGUGAGGAGGAGCGAAGGAGCUUCCAGGAGAGCUUGCGCCAAAAGGAGCUUGAGCGAAGGCAGAGGGAGGAAGCCUUUCGUCUGGAGAGGGAGAGAGAACAUCUCAGGAUUGAACGGGAGAAGUUGGAACGUGAGAAGCUGGAAGUGAUCCGUCUGGAGCGAGAAAAGCAACGCUUGGAGCGGGAGCGUAUUCAGCGCGAGCGUGAGGAUCUAAGGCAGCGUCAGCUCAUGGCAGGGCGUGUUGAAGAAAGAGCAGAGCCUGCCAGGCGCAUGAAGCGACCAGUUGCUCCAGAACGCAGAGAGGACGAUGCCUACUGGGCAGAAAAGAAGCGGUCGCAUUCACGAACUGACUACCCAUCAUCAGCUGCAGUGCCAGCCAAGCUUCCCCCUCCGCCCCCUCCUCAGCAGUCUCGUUCUGCCGACCGCUUGGACCACCACUUCUCUUCGUCACACCACCACUCGUCGCACCACUCCUCUCACCAUCGCCACCACACCACUUCUCCAGCUAACAUUCCCAGCGCAUCCGGCUCGAUGUUUCCUUCCUCUGGCCGUCCUGCAGAUUACCGUUCGGGCCCGCCAGUAGGGGCAGCCCCACCCUCUGCCUCCCGUCGUAGUGGGCCACCUGUCCGCAGUGAGUGGCGUCAAGCGUCCGACAGCGCUCCACCCAGGCGAGAGCACCGCUUCUCAGACUCUGACGUUGGUAAGGCCUACGGCGGGUCCUCGUCGUCGAGCAGGGGCUUCCCAUCGUCCUGGUCGAAACCGUCGUUCUCGUCCAGCCAGUCGUGGGACGCUAGGAAGGACUCUGCCUGGAAUGGAAGUGCAGACGAUGGACGAUGGAGAACCGGAGGGUCUGGCUCGGGUGGUGGCGGGUAUGGAAGCGGAGGCGUGUCCAACGGCAGUCUUGGAAGCCACGGAGGUUCCGGAAGUUUUGGUGAACGGUUCUCCAGCAGCAGUAGGCGGUAUUGAGACUGUGUUUUAUGCGUUGUGUGACAAGCUUUGAAGCGAUUCACAGUUCUGUAUUCCAACAUUGGCACUACACUUGAUGAUGGUAAAGCAGCAUUGCAUUGCAUUUGAACAGGGGGCACAGCCUUUGCGGACGUUGCACCCUCCAAAAACGGAGCAGUGUCAUUUGUAUCAUACGGAGCAAAACCAAAAAUGUCUGGAUGUAAAAGAAUUAUUGUGGCUAACUAUCACCUCAUGAGGAACAUUUCUGCAUUAAUGUGUCAUCCUGUUCGGCUGCUUAAUGUGGGGCUGCCUCAGUUGUCAAAAUCAUUUGCUGUAUGUAUGCCUCCAGUUUACUUGUAUCGUAUAUGCUGUCCCCAGUAUUCUCUGUCAUUUGUAAAUAAGGUGUAGACAUUCAUGCGCAAAUAAAAUGCAGCUGACUGAAA